CGCUACGUAAUCGGGUCCGUCUUAUCCUGUACUGUGGCAUCCAACCGGAUUGGGGCCGCUGCGAUCAAGCAGUGACCACAUAUGUUCGCCUCGCGGCUGAGCGCUGAGCAUUUAUUUUUCGCGUACCGAGCCUUAAAGCUGGUUCUGCUUCAUGUCAUGCUACGGAUAUUUCCAGCCGUCCAUGUUAGACACGACCUUCAUUUCUCUGUCUGCUCGGCAAGCUUUGAACAUUGGGAAACAAUCACGAGUUGCAGCACUGGGACUUCUCAUUUAUGAACACAUCAUUACCAUCGAGGACGAGAUUGAUCUGGUCUGGUUGAAGAGGAAAAGUUGGGUGACAUGUCUCUAUCAUUUUAACCGCUGGCUUCCAGCGUUAUGGCUCACAUUUGACACGAUACGACAAAACAAAGUGGUAUCAUCCAAAACUUGCGUCACCUACAUGUUAUGCAAUAAUAUCGUUGCACUCCUUAUGACUAUUUCCGUUCAAACAAUACUACAGCUUAGAGUGUGGGCAAUUUAUAGCCGAAGUCGCAAGGUGCUCUCUUGGAUGAUUGUCCUGAGUAUAAUUGAGGUCGCAGCGAUGGCGCUCCUCAUUGGCCUGACAAUCGCUCGCGUGGAAAGAUUUCCGGUGGUUUCCACUCCAGCAGGCUGUCUCUUUGAGGGUCUUGCCCCCAUCUCUGCGAUCUUUUGGACGCCAGCGCUGAUCCUCGAACCUAUCAUUUGCAUACUCGUCCUCAAAAAGGUUUUCCUGGACCGACACCAACGCGGUGAACUUGCAACGUCUCUGGCCCGUGAUAGUUUAUUAUACUUUCUUGUAAUAUUCAUGGAACUCGUUGGGUCAACUAUUGUCUGGGCUCGGUAUCCCUCCUAUAUAGACCUCUUCAUGCCUUGGUCUAUCGCUUUACCGUCCAUGCUCUGCAACCGUCUUCUGCUCAACAUGAGAGGUCGCUUUGCUAGGGAGUCUGAGCCUGUGCACUCCUCAUUGUUGAUUGAACUCGCCACCCUCCGAACCAGCGCAGAUUCAAGAGUGCCAGACGAAGAGUAAAAGAUGGUGUGCUGUAAUUUUAUACCCCAGCACGGAUUCAAUUAGUAUGAUAUCUCUGUUUGCGCGGGUCUUUGUUAGUGUAACGUACGUUGUGGCUUAGCACGAGCGCUAUGUGUUGUUGUGAGUUUAUUCUUUGUCUUUGU